AUAAGGUCGGCCAGUGCUAAGCUAUGAGCCUAACGGGUUUACAUCAAAAGUGAGGUUGUUGAUUUAUUAUUAUUAAUCCCACCCGCCUUUUUAGUCUCCUUCUUCCCAUGUGACACUGUCUCUCUCCCAAUCAAUACCCCAUCAGAAGCUCUUUUCUUUUCACACUGCCACUGUUGGCUCUGUUUCUAGUUUUGUGAUUCUGGGAUGGGGUGUCCCUAAGAUUUCGAUUUUCUGGAUUUGCUAAAUCUUGAAGGAUAGAAUGAGUUUCCAGUGAAGUGUACUUAAAGAGCCUCAAAUGAAGAAGAUCAUUUUUUUAAGACACUUCAUUUUCUUGUUUGUUGUAGGCUUUGGUUGUUUGAGCUCUGUUCCAGUUUUAGCUCAAAAUGGACCGAUCAGAGAUCAUGUCAAGUUUAUUUUUGGAGAGCAGAAUUUAGGUCCAUGGAAGAAUGAAAUAUCUGAGCUGGCACAAGCACCAGGACCUUCAAAUGACGAGCCUCCAAGCUUGCUGCUGUUGGCAGCACAAAGGACAAAUAGGCCGGACAUUCUUCGUCAUUUCAAGCAUUAUCUCGGCGGGUGGGAUAUUACCAACCGGCAUUACUGGGCGUCUGUUGGAUUUACAGGUGCUGCUGGAUUCAUUUUUGCUGUCCUGUGGUUUGUUUCUUUUGGCUUGGUUCUUGUGGUGUAUCAUUGCUGCGGAUGGAGAAUAAACAUCAAAGGAGAAAGAUCUGAUAAUUCCCAAAGGAUUUGUCUUAUAAUGCUCAUAUUGUUCACAACUGCUACAGCGACUGGAUGUAUUCUUCUUUCUAUUGGACAAGAUGAAUUUCAUGGUGAAGUGUUGCAUACUUUGAAAUAUGUUGUAAACCAGUCAGACUACACUGUUCAAAUCCUAAAAAAUGUUACACAGUACCUAUCUCUAGCAAAAACCAUCAAUGUGGCCCAGGUGUUCCUUCCUUCUGAUGUUAUGUCUGACAUCGACAAAUUGAACAUAGAUCUAAAAGCAGCAGCAGAUACACUUACAGAGAAGACCAGUGAAAAUGCUGGUAAAAUAAGAAAAGUCUUCAAUGCCGUGCGAUUAGCACUGAUUACUGUGGCAGCAGUGAUGCUAAUUUUGGCUCUGCUUGGUCUUUUAUUGUCUAUUCUAGGCCACAAACAUGCCAUUCACAUAUUCAUAGUCAGUGGAUGGUUACUAGUAGCUGUUACAUUCAUUCUUUGUGGAGUUUUUGUAAUCUUGAACAAUGCAAUUUCUGACACUUGUUUGGCUAUGGAAGAAUGGGUGGAAAAUCCCCAUGCGGAGACUGCUCUUAGCAAUAUCCUUCCUUGUGUUGACCAGAGAACGACAAACCAUACACUCACUCAGAGCAAACAAGUCAUCAAUGGUAUAGUAAAUGUUGUGAAUACGUAUAUUUACACCUUUGCCAACUCAGAUCCUUCCGCAGAUGACACUCGUUAUUACAAUCAGUCUGGGCCUCCAAUGCCUCCUCUGUGUUACCCAUUUGACUCUCAGCUACAAGAUCGCCGGUGUGGGUCUUAUGAGGUUUCUAUGGCAAAUGCUUCUCUGGUUUGGCAGAACUACACAUGCAUGGUAUCAGCAUCUGGGGUAUGCACCACCAUGGGAAGGAUAACGCCUGACAGAUUCACGCAGCUGGUGGCAGCAGUUAAUGAGAGCUAUGCUCUCGAGCACUAUACCCCACCUCUGCUUCGCCUGCAAAAUUGUGAUUUUGUCAGGCAUACGUUUCAAAACAUAACCUCAAAUUACUGCCGUCCAUUGGAGCAUUACCUUAAGAUAGUAAAUGCAGGAUUGGGCUUAAUCUCAGUAGGAGUCUUGCUCUGUCUAGUUCUCUGGAUACUCUAUGCAAACCGCCCCCAAAGGGAGGAGGUGUUUGUGAAACUAUCGUUGCCAAUAAAAUUUAUGAGUUGCAAGAACAUUUUCAGCACAACGAGCAAUAACAAUACAACAUUGUCGAACAUGACAAAUGGAGUCUAAAGUAGAGCAAGAAAUUAGGUUUAGGUCUUUCAUUUUUGUUGUAUCCCCGUAUACCGGGAAAGAAACCAAGGUGGGGCAAAGCUCCAUUUUGAGUUGGGAGGGUUAUAUUCCAUUUCCGAUGUCUUAUUAUAUACGUAUAUAUGGUUAAAUGAAAUUGAUUGUUCGCCAUCUGCUUGGGCAAUCCUUUGCUUCUCUGCGUGGUAGAAAAAGGAUGCAACUGCAUUACGUUGCAUUGGAAAAGAUGUAAAACUCAUCGGAGUUACUGCAACAAGGAAUGUUAAUAUUACUAUUCAUUUAAAUCUAUCAAAAGCCAAAAAACACACAUCCUUGUCUCU